UUUACAAUGGCACAAUAUUAAUUAUAAAUAGUCAAUCAUAUUGUUGAUGAUGUGCCUAAACAGAACAUGGAAGAUCGCUGGACAUGGAACUAUGACAAGGAUGGAGUCUAUUCUGCUCAGUCAAUACAAGGUGUUGUGCCAGGAAAAUGCAACCCAAGACAAGGAGAAAUACAAACUUAUUUUGGAUAAGAGGAUUCCACUGAAGUUGUCAACCUUUGCCUGGGAAGCACUACGAGGACGAAAACACAGAUCAUCGUUUGUUCUCUUGCAAAGCAACGUGGAUGUAAUGGGCAACAUUGCACGAGUGGUGGGAUGUGCUCUCCGCUCAGCAACAAAAAGGUAUUCGGGGACGAAGAGGAAUCUCAAAUAGAGCCAUAGAGGACAAAACACGAGCGGUUUCUACUUUAAAUAUUCAUCCUACCCUGACACUCACCUGUAAUUCACAUGAUCUUGGGUUGAGAAUGAAGAAUUUACUAGUCUGCAACAUUUUAAAGACAGAUUCCAGUUGUUAACAAUGCUAAUCCUUGAGAGUCUAUGAACUGAAACAGAAAUAUAAAUGCCACAAUUAAGU